UAAAUAUUCAUCAAAAUGUCUGCUAUGCUGACAGCAGAUUGGUUCCCAUUGGGAAAAGAUGUCUACUUUAGGAAAUUCGAAAUUUAUUCAUUAAAUUUUUUUAAUGAGUGUAGUUCAGAAAAUCUACUGGUGGCUGCACCAUAUGGUGGUUCUAUUGCAGUCACAAAAAAUCCUAAAAAAUUAGUUAAAAUUAAGGGUUCUGCUAAAACUAUAAUAUCUCUGUAUUCGUCAUCUGGAAAUUUAACAGCAAAAAUACACUGGACCAGUGGUCAGUUAAUAGCAAUGGGUUGGUCUCAUCAAGAAGAUUUAUUAUGUAUUCAAGAAGAUGGUAUGGUUUUAAUGUAUGAUAUGUUUGGUACAUAUCAACAUACAUUUAGUAUGGGCGAUGAGGCUAAAGAAACAAAAGUAGCUGAAGCUAAAUUUUUCCCAAGUUUGGACAGUACUGGAGUAGCUAUUUUGACAUCUGCGCAUAGAAUAUUUUUAGUAAAUAAUGUUUCAGAACCAAAAGUCAGAAAAAUUUCAGAUUUACCAAAAUUUGGUGGAACAAUGGACAGUUGGUGCAUUGUCAGACAAGAACGGGACAGUGUAGUGAUAAUGGCAAAUCAAGAAGGUAUUCAUCAACUACAUCAUUCUUAUUCACCAAUAUCUACACCUUAUCAUAAACUGUUCAACAAUAAAGUGAACACAGUAACAGCUAUGUCUGUUUCUGGUAAUAGUCGUCACAUAGCUUUGUAUGCAAAUACAGGAUUCCUUUAUCUUGGAUCUGCAGAUCUAAAAGAAAAAUACCAUGAAUUUAAUACAAACAUAAAAGAUACGGUAACAGAAAUUGCAUGGUGUGGUUCAGAAGCUGUUGUAUGUUGCUGGGACAAAACCAUGAUGAUAAUUGGUUGUUCCAAAGAUGGGGAUACAAUAGCAUACUCUUAUGAUGGGUUGAUACGUUUGAUCACAGAAAUUGAUUGUGUUCGGGUGUUAACUGCUACAUCCCAUGAGUUGAUACAGAAGGUUCCAAAAGUUGUUCAAAAAAUAUUUAGAAUAAACUCCACUGAUCCUGCUUCAUAUCUUUUGGAAGCUUCAAAACAAUUUGAAAAAGAAAGUCACAAAGCUGAUAGCUAUAUUGACUUGAUAAAAGACAAAUUGGAAGUUGCAGUUACAGAUUGUAUAAAUGCAGCUAGCCACGAAUUUGAUUUUCAUACACAAAAACUACUGAUGAAAGCAGCUCAAUACGGUAAAGGGUUCAGUAAAAAUUUUAACUCAGAUCAGUUUGUUGACAUGUGCAGAACACUGAGAGUUCUCAAUGCAGUACGUCACCCAAAAAUUGGAAUACCCUUAACAUACAUUCAACUAAACAAGCUCACUUAUCAAGUAAUGCUUGAUCGAUUAGUGGCUAGAAGGCACUAUUAUCUAGCUAUACAGAUAGCUAAACACUUGAAAUUAUCAGAAAUCGAUGGCGAAAGUAGAAUUCUAGCUCACUGGGCAUGCUACAAAGUCAAACAAACUCAAUUGGACAAAGAGCAAAUUGCGGAAGAAAUAGCUGAUAAACUGGGUUACACUCCAGGAGUAUCUUACAGUGAAAUUGCAGUUAGAGCAGCCGAUUAUGGUCGCAAACAAUUAGCGAUUAAAUUGAUCGAUUACGAACCCAAUGCUCAUCUUCAAGUUCCUCUGCUCCUUCGACUGGGCGAAGAGAGAACUGCUCUGAAGAAGGCGGUUGAGAGCGGCAAUACCGAUUUGGUUUACACGGUCAUUCUUCAUUUGCGAGAGCACAAGCCUCUGUCCGAUUUUCAGAUGUCGAUUAUGCACUGCCCAUUGGCAAUGACAUUGUACAUCAAGUACUGCAGAAACCACAAUCGAGAGACCCUUCGAGAUAUUUACAAUCAAUACGACGACUAUUAUUCCCAAGCUCUGUGGUUCGUGCGCGAGAGCUAUCAGGACUCAACCUCGAGGGACGCGAUGCUAAAAUCGGCUUACGACAAUUUCAAACUGGCCAAGUGCGACACCAAUGCCAGCUUGACGGACGAGCAGAUCAAAUUGCUGAGAUAUCAGCGCUCGCUCGAGGAGACGCUGCACGAGUCGGUCGUGGGCAAGUCGUUGCACGACACCAUCAAGAUGCUGCUCAUGAACAACGAGAUCAAGCUGGCGGACAAGCUGAAAUCCGAGUACAAGGUGCACGAUCGCAGGUACUGGUGGCUGAGAAUACAGUGCUUGGCCGAUCAGAAUUCCUGGAUGGAAUUGGAGAGAUUUUCCAAGGUCAAGAAGUCACCGAUCGGCUACGAGCCCUUCAUCGACCAGUGCUUGAAGUACAAAAAGGACAUGGAGGCCAUGAAAUACCUGCCAAGAGUGAGGGACGAUUUGAAAGUAAAAUACUUCGUGAAGUUGAACAUGUUCUUGGAGGCUGCUCAAGUUGCAGUGGAACAAAAAGACCCAAAUGCCAUGGACUUUGUGAUGGCUAAUUGUAAAAAUGCGGAUAAAUCUUUGCAAGACAGAAUCAGUGCCAUGAUGAUUAGCCUCAGAAACAAUACGAGAUAAAUUGUAAAUAAAUGUUAAUUCAUCACGAACGUAUCGAACGAAUCGAGAAUUAUUCUUUUUGUAUAAAGUUUUAAGCAUCUUAUAAAUUUUCUGUACUGUAUAUAAUGAAUAAAUAAAUAUUCUUUGAUGAAACAAAAUUAUUGUGUAA